CCAAGCGCACUCACGCCGCUGAAACACACCCAAUGACGAUGACCCCUCGGCCAUCAAAGCCGCCAGAUGUCUCCGCCGGCGGAGUCUCAUGGGCCCUACCAGACCACUUCAACGCCUCGCCUAGUAGCACGCUCCUUCCGCGCCGGAUCGUGAGCCUCGAGCAGCCAGCCAGCCCCCAAGAGAGGCAUAGCACGCGUUCGAGCAGUACACAGCCCAGGAGAGCAACCGCAUUGCAUAGACAUACCUCAGCACGCUGGCGAUCCCAGCAGAGCUCGCUACGCGCGAAGGAAGCCGUCAACGCGCACUGCGCGGUGGCUUAGCUGCCGGGCAGCUUGGCGCUGGGGACGCGUCCCGCGUGAGUUCUCGGGGUGCCAGCCGGUGCGGAGUCGGAGAGUACUGUGCGGCGAGGACGAUUCAGGGCAGGGGCUUGCGCUAUGAUGUAAGGCUGGCACGGAGAGACAGGGGGACGAGUCCAAAAACGAAAGCGAGAGGGCAGAGCACAACGCACGCACGCAUGUAUUUGGAUAUGGGAAGGGUUGGGAAUUGCAUUCGGACUAGUAUACGCUGAAGUGAACGGCUGAGUGCGGCGCGGAGACGGACGUGUCGGUGCUAAGGAGUCU